AAAAAGUUUGAGUACCCCUGCUGUAGAGGGUAUACACGGUCCUCUUUUAAGUCACUUUGAUGAAACGGAAAAGAACGUGUGCCUGUCACCACAGAAAUGAGUGAGCGGUCUUCCAGUCACUCAGUGAAGCUUGUGUCCUUGGCCCAAUCACUGUCCCAGCUUGGGUUUGAGGCCGCCAAUGGAAGCCCCGUCAGCCCCCCCGACGAUGACGAGCCCCCUCCUCCGGAGUCCGGCAUCGAGCUAGGCCCUGGACUAUUUUUCUCCGAUGGCAAAAGAAAAGUUGACUAUGUCCUUUGCUACAAAUACAAAAAAAAGCCAUCCAAAGCACGCCUUUCACUUAUCCCCAAUGGGACUCUGCCCGUUUCGAUUACGGGCCGCUGUGAGGUGGAGGCAGAGUCUGGGGAUGGAGGUGCUCCUGCAGGAGAGGUGGAGGAGUCAAAGCUGACUGAGGAGGAAAAGGCUUUAAUGAGGGAGGAGUUUGAAGCGGGUCUAAUGGAAGCAGGACUACAGCUACAGCGUGAUAAAGAGAGGGCUAAAGGCAUAGGGUUUAUCCGGCUUCACAUCCCAUGGCCAAUACUCAGUCGAGAAGCGGAGCUCCAGAAGAUCAAAGUGGCUGUGAAGAAGAAGUGUGAAUUGCGGAAACGGAUGGGAAUUGCUGGGAUGUGGGAUUCCAUUAUGAACAAAAUCAGCACACCGUUUCUUCCGGAUGUUCCUGACUGUGAGGUCCAAAGAGACUCACAGACACGUGUCCACUUCAAAACCCUCAAACAUCCUUUUAUCAGAGACAAGCUCCACCUGUAUGACAUCAAGUCAACAGAAACCCUAUUUGACAACGCAACACGCAGCAGAAUAGUGGCUGAGAUUAUUUCCCGCACUGUCUGCAGUCGAACUUGCCAAACCACUGGCAUCAACUCAUUAUUGGCUCAGGGUGUCUACGACUCUGCCUUCCCUCUGCAUGAUGGUUCGUUCACAAGGAGAGGGAGGAGAGAUCAGCGAAAUGACAGACAGCUCCUCCAUGAAGAAUGGGCCAACUAUGGAGUCAUGUAUAAAUAUCAGCCGGUUGACUUGAUCAGGAAGUACUUUGGAGAGCAGAUUGGGUUGUAUUUUGCCUGGCUCGGUGUCUAUACUCAGCUCCUCAUCCCCCCCUCUGUGCUGGGCAUCAUUGUCUUCCUGUACGGUUUAUUCACUGUGGAUACCAAUGUGCCAAGCCAGGAGACAUGUGAUGACCACCAUAACAUCACCAUGUGUCCACUGUGUGACGGAGUGUGUGACUACUGGCUCCUGAGCUCCGUCUGCUCACUGACCAGAGCGUCGUACCUGUUCGACAAUGGAGUAACUGUCCUCUUUGCCAUCUUCAUGUCUCUGUGGGCUGCCUGUUUUCUCGAGCACUGGAAGAGGCGCCAAAUGUGUCUGAAACAUAUGUGGGACCUUACAAGCCUUGAGGAUGAGGAGGAGCGAGUCCAGGAGGAGCUGAGGCCUGAAUAUGAAGAAGCUCUGCUGGAGAAAAAAGCAAAGGUGAAAGAACUGUCAAAGAAAAAGAUGGCUCACAUUGGGGAUGGUAUAGAUGGAGAAAAAGACCAAAUGCUGACCUCACAGCUUGAACCAGAGUCCCUGGAGAUUGAGGAUCACCUUUCAGGUUAUCUCAUCAAUGUGUCCACUUUACUACUGCUGAUCUUCGUCACCUUCUCAGCCGUUUUUGGGGUGGUGGUUUAUCGUAUCUGCAUGUUGAGUGUGUGGUCCAUGAACCCUGACCCUGAAGCCAAGGCCAGCGUGAGGAUGACCGUCACCACCACAGGCAUCAUCCUCAACAUGCUCGUUGUUCUGGUGCUGGAAGAGGUCUACGGAUCCAUCGCUGUGUGGCUGACUGAACUGGAACUUCCUAAGACAAAGGAAGAGUUUGAAGAGAAGCUGAUCUUUAAGUCUUUCUUCCUCAAAUCCAUGAACGCCUUUGCACCUAUUUUCUAUGUGGCCUUCUUCAAGGGCAGGUUUGCUGGGCGGCCUGGGGACUAUGUUUACGUCUUUGGAGAUUAUCGCAUGGAGGAGUGUGCCCCGCCAGGCUGCCUCAUCGAGUUGUGCAUCCAGCUUAGCAUGAUCAUGCUGGGAAAGCAGCUCAUCCAAAAUAAUGUAUUUGAGGUUCUCAUACCUAAGCUGAAGAAGAUGUACAGAACGAUACAGGAAGAAAAGGGAAAGAAAAGAGCAGCACAGGAUGAGGAUUCUGUAGCAGAAGAGAAGAGGCCGAAGCAACAAUUUGACAAAGACUUCACCCUUGAACCCUAUGAAGGGGUGACUCCAGAAUACAUGGAAAUGAUAAUCCAGUAUGGGUUUGUGACUCUGUUCGUGGCCUCCUUCCCGCUGGCGCCAGCGUUCGCUCUGCUCAACAACGUCAUUGAAAUCCGCCUGGAUGCUGCAAAGUUUGUCACUGAGCUCAGGCGGCCUGAUGCUGUGAGGUGUAAAGACAUAGGGAUUUGGUACAACAUACUCUGUGGAAUCAGCAAGUUUUCUGUCAUUACCAAUGCGUUUGUCAUCUCCUUCACGUCAGAGUUUGUUCCACGAAUGGUCUACCAGUACAUGUACAGUGAAAAUGGGACCAUGAAGGGCUUCACAGAGCACUCACUGUCCUACUUUAAUGUCACCAACUUCCCACCGGGCAGUGCGCCCACCUCCACCCUCAUCACCGGAGUCUCUAUGUGCAGGUAUAAGGACUACAGAGACCCACCGUGGGACUCUCAUGCCUACACCUUCUCUAAACAGUACUGGUCUGUCCUGGCUGCAAAAUUGGCCUUUGUAAUAUUCUUCCAGAACUUUGCAAUGUUCCUCAGCAUGUUGGUGGCCUGGAUGAUCCCAGACGUGCCGCGAUCUCUGCGGGAACAGCUGAAGAAAGAGAACAUGAUGCUGAUGGAGUUUCUGCUGAAUCAAGACCAAGGAGCACGUGCCAAAUCUCACUCCCCCGAACACUCAAUCUCCUGCUAUCCCACCAUAGAAAUGGUGGUGGAGGAACCAAUGGGAGAACUACAAGAGCCGCAAGUGGAGGAGGACGAGGAAGAAGAAAGGGUUGAAAACAAUCUGGAUGAACUCAGAAGUAACAGUGACAGUGAUCUAGAGGUUAGGAGGUCUUCCGAAGAAGUUGAAGAGAAGGGAAAGGAGGAGCAAGGAGAGGAAGGAGAAGAUAAAGGUGUAAUAGAAGAGGUAGAAGAGAAAGAAAAAGAGGAAGAGGAUGAAAAGGGGGAUACUGAGCAAGAGGUAGGAGAAGAAACAGUCGAAGGAGAAGAAAACAAAGAGGAAGAAGUGGAAGUAGAAGAAAACAAAGGGGACGAAGUGGAAGUAGAAGAAAACAAAGGGGACGAAAAGGGAGUUACGGAGACGGAGGUUCAUUAUGAGGAAUUUACUGUGGAUCUGGACGCCUUCAUGAGUCAGCUGGGUCUGUUAGAUGAUGAGCCCUUCCCAAGCACAGCCAGAGAGACAGAGCUCCCCCAUUCAGAGUCCAAACAGGAACACCAGAAGGAACAGAUGCCUCCUUCACAUCCAUCGUCUAAAAGAGGCUCAUCCCUGAGUCUGAGUGGCUCCAGGGAAGAACUGACGCCAUCAGAUAUUGACACGAGGCCGUUGUCCUUAAUUGCUCCUCCUCCCAAAGAGCAAGUCUCAAGGGCCAAGUCCAAGACCCUGCCUUCUCGUCAAAGAGAGUCGGAGGCUUGUUACAGCCUGCCGCGGCCCAGCCACUCCACCAGCCUCACCAGGCUCCAGCAGGCGGCCACAAGUAUUCCCCUGGUCCCACUGGGCUCUUCAUUACCAGCCUCAAGCAACCAAUUGUCUCCCCCCCACAGACCUGUGUCACCAUCAUCACCUCCUCACCCUGCGGAGUCUCUAGCGGCCCAGCAGCCCCAAGCCCCCAUUGAACUAUUCGCGCUGAAAGCCCCCCCCCCUCAGCAGCCACGCUCCAGGGGCAAAGCCCGGUGCUCCACUCUGCCUCCCCGACAGAGAGCCCCCGGUCCUGAGGAGAGCUCCAUCAAGCCUAGCCAGUCCACCAGCUUUACAAACCUGGGGGACCGCAUCCCCCCCUCCCCCAGUGAACUGAAGCACAACUCACCAGUAUGAGAGAGCUGGAAGGGAAAAGGACAGAGGGGGUCAGAGGGAGGGGGAGGACUAUCCAGAUUAGCCCCUCUGUGACUGGAGCCUCACCCCUCCGUCUGUCCUCUCUCUCUACCCACAUAAUACCUGGGGUCUGAAGAGUAACCACCUAGAAACACUGAGCGUGCUUUUAUCCUCUUAAUCUUAAUGUUUUCACCACUCAGAGGUUUAGGGCUGACACUGACAAAGGGAGUGCUGGACAAUUCAGAGGAAGCGGCUCUGAAACUCUCCCUCCCGUGCCAGAAAACAUUACCACUGGAACUUUGACUCUUUCUAUUCCUGCUGACUUUUUUUGGAGUUUGUUUUUUUGUUGGUUUAUUUUCACAGCUAAAUAGCCACUGCUCCUCAACCAUUUUCUGUCCCACACAUGCAGCAGUGCUGCCUUGUAGACCAGAGGAAGAUGGAAAUAUAUACAGCACCGCUAGUCUCAACACUUAUGCCGUCAGAUACCGUUUAUUUCUAGAGGUUUUGAUAUAUAAAAAAAAUGUGAUUUAUAAUAAAUGAAGGUUUUUCA